AUGGAAAAAUACAUGCACAAUGCAAUCCAGACCCUCUUCCCGGGUAAUUGCUUCGAAGAAUUGCUCAUCAACUUCAACUUUUUCCAUCGUAAGUCCCUCAAAACCCCAGGUUUUUAAAAUCAAAACAAAUUUUUCCAGCAACUUGCCCAAAAGCAGUGCUCAGUCGAGGUUUGGGUUUCGCCAUCACAUUGGGAUCAAUUCUCCUCUUCGUCCCGCAAAUCCUGAAAAUCCAAGCAGCUCGAAGUGCGCAAGGUAUCUCACUACUCUCCCAACUUCUUGCAUUAAUCGGUGGCAUCGGAACUGCCGCCUAUAGUUAUCGAUCGAAUUUCACAUUCAGUCAAUGGGGUGAUUCGUUGUUUGUUUCGAUUCAAGUCGUCAUUAUUAUCCUGCAAAUUUUGUUGUUUUCCGGGAAUAUUUUGGGAUCUGUUGUGUUUUUGGGAAUUGUGUAGGUUUUUUUAUUUUUGAAUUAAAUCUUUAUCUAGAUUAUAGUUUUUUGCAGUUCCUCAGUCACAUAUGGUGUAAUCAGUCAUCUAAUCCCAAUGAAUGUGUUAAUUGCUGUUCAAGCCGCUGGAAUUCCAAUCGUCUUCGUCUCAAAAUCCAUCCAAUGCUACUCGAAUUUCCAAGCCAAAUCCACUGGCCAACUCUCCCUUAUCUCAGUUUUCUUGCAAUUUGCCGGAACUUUGGCACGUGUUUUCACCACACUUCAAGAGACCAAUGAUCAACUAUUGCUGGUCUCCUAUUCUUCCGCAGCGGUUUUGAAUGGUCUGAUUUUCGCCCAAUUCUUCAUGUAUUGGAAUUCGACUUCGGAGGAGCAGAAACGGAAGAAGAGAAAUUAG